AUGUCUACUUCUAACAUUCCAACUCAUGACCCUGCUUAUGACCCUAAUAAUGAAAUUUACGACCCUAAUAGUGAAACUUAUGACUCUAAUGAUGAAAAUCAAGUCUCUAACAAUGAAACUCCCUGGUGUUCCUCUUGCAAAAAGUUCAAACCAGUUAUUGAAUUUAUGAGAUCCAGUGGAAGAA